CUGCUCUGGGUGUGGUGUGUAGUGGCCGUGUUGCUUGUGAAGAUCAACCAGCGUCAUACCUUGUAUCACCACCCAACCUAUAUUAACAACUUAUCCGUCCAUCAACUGUGCUAAUUGAACAUAAUCCAUAUUUCUCUCCUUCAAUAUCCUUCCCCAGAACGAUUAUCAGAAAGAAAGAAAAACAAAUGUUACUCACGAAUUUAAAAAAAAAAGUGUUUUGUAAAAUUACCUUCAUGCAAAAAUAAUUACGAUCAUAAUGUUUGAAGAAGUUCCUGAAAAGAUUUAUUUCAGAGAACCACCUUGAUGUGUGUGUAUGUUGUCUCUUUUAAACACCGUCUGUCCCUUCCUGAGCUGGGAUAGGUAACUGAGGGAGUGUUGCGUCACGUAGCCAUGCCAAAUGAAGAAGUUACCCAAGUUAUAUUACCAACGAACUUAAUAACAAAAGAAGAUUAAAAUACCCAAAGUUUUCCGGACUCUGGUUUCCUCCUGUACUAACACGGGAUAGACCAACUGCCCAAACGGCUAGUAAACUGAUAAGUGGUGAAAUGAUAAAUAAUUUCGGACGCAGCAUACUGAAGACAUAGCCUGGACGACACUGUUCUCCACCGCCUAUUACACCCUAACUCUAAACUCAGGUACCCAUCUCAGCUGGAUCGACGGGAGGUCCUACACUUGGUGGCUAAGAAUUGGACGCGAACCUGUGUCCGCCUCAGCGGUGAACUCAUAAUACCUCCGGUCAAUAUGAGCGACAGUGAUAUACGACAGAUUGGCUUUAGAUAAGUGUUCACCUUCCCCCUCGGUGUGUGUGUGUGUGUGUGUGUGUUGGUAAUCUGACAAUGAACACUAGUACUGUAUCUCCCGGUGACGCCCCAUUACCUGAGGGAUGGAUUAUCGCGGCGCAGGCGUGGGCGCUGACGGUGGCAUGUGUAGGGGGUGUGGGCAACCUUGUCACACUGUCCACCAUCGCUCACCAACUAUAUCUGGACAGAAUGUGGAGACGCGGCCGCUACCAACAUGGCAAGCGACCUGUAGUGUCCCUAGAGGGCGACACACUCCUGCUGCUGCACCUCAGUUUCUGCGACUUCCUCUACUGCACCAUCAACCUUCCCCUCACCAUCGUCACCUACGGCUAUGCCAUCGACCCCAAGAAGGGAGAUCCUAGUAAGGUCUUCUGUACUGGCGCCGCUCUCUUCCGCUACGUCAACGCCCUGGCGGAGUGGACGACGCUGGGACUACUGACUGUGCAGCGGUGUGUGGACUUGGGACGCUUUAGGGGAGCAAGAUUCUUCAGACCACGACCAACCAUCUUCUUCAUCGUGGCCAUUUGGGUGGGCAGCGUCCUCCUCCAGAUGGGUGCUCUCACUGAGGGUCAUUUCGCCUACGAUCGCUCCUCCUUCAAGUGUGAUCUGAGCAACACCUCCGCCCGCGUCUACUUCUACUGCCUACAGUCACUGCUGCCGUGUAUCCUCAUGCUCACGGGCUGUUGUAGCAUCAUCUGUCAAGUCCGACGCAACACAACCAAACUCCUAGCUGCUGGCAUGCACAAGGACCUGGUAACACGGCGCUGCAGGGCAAUGAUGAGGUCCACAGCUCUCCUCCUGGCGCUGUUGCUGCUCUUUCUCUUCUGCGUGAUCCCCAUCUGCGUCCACAACGUCGAGACCCUCCUGACGGGGCAGAUAAACAUCCCCCUCAACAUCGCCAUCUACAUGUUGUAUUGGGUACAGUACGGCGUCAAUUUUUUCGUCUACGCCGCCGUCAACCCACGUUUCAGGAAGGCUUGUAAGCAGUUUUUUAGCAUCAUGAGCACCAAGAUCUCGAUGCUGUGGUGUAAGAGGAGAAAAAGGAAGGAAGUCUAUAAACCCGAAAUCUCUCAAUUGAUGCUGAAAGUCAUUCCUUUUCACACCAUGACCGUCUUAGCUCUCCCCAUCCUUAGCAGUGGCCACGGGACAAAGGCAUCACACUCUCCCAUGAUGAUGUUGGUGGUGAUGCUGGUGACUGGUGGUGGUACUGGUGACGGUCCUCCAACAAACACCGUCACCACCACCACCACCACCACUACUACCUGUACUGUCCCUCACCAAGAAAGAUACAACUCCUCUUUCCUCUCCUCCUCCUCCUCCUUCAGGUCAAGUAUGGGUUCCUUAUCAUCCUGGGGGUCAAGGACUGCAGAUCACCGCCUCGACACGUUACCUGUUUCUUGAGUGUCUGAACCAUGUGAGAUAAAAUAACAACAUUUAUGUGGAAAGUGGGGAGUGCAAGCCAGAGAAAAGAGACGAAAGAAAAACACGGAAAAGGAAAUAGAAACAUAAAUAAACCAAGAAGAUGAGAGAAAGGAGAGACGCCAAUUAUUGCUAAGUGUAUUUCCAUAAUUUCCAUAUAAGAACCUCAUAAUAUUGUGUCAUUUUACUGAAGUUGUAAUCAUUUUUUAUACUAACUUGUACAGGUAAUAUACACACCUGGUAGUGACGCAACAUUCUUCACAGGUAAGGAAGACCAACACCAUCACCUGAGGCUCAUCAGUACACAUUACCUGUAGAGUGUAUGGUACAGGUUAAAUGAUCAUAACUCCUGACCUUAAUUAAAGAAUCAGAAAUGUGAAUAUUUAACUGCCUAAUUUUCCUUCAACUUACCUAAUAUUAUUAAUUAAUCUAAUGACCAUCUUUGUUUACACAGGUGACGACAAUGUUUGUUAUAUGAUCCACAAUGAGUGUAAACUCCACACACACACACACACAUGCCUGAUAAUUAUGAUCGUUUUCUGUUGGCCAAGUGAAAUUCUUUUAAUUACAAAAUGUAAUUGUGAUACAAAUUAAACAAUAAA